GUUUUAAGCUCUUGUUUCUUAAUUUGGCUUCUUAGAACUUUUUGAAGCAAUUUCUAUUCAAGCCAGGCUCUCGUUAUGGGCGCAACUCAACCCCAAAAAGUCAUUGCUGUCGCAGUGGACGACGUCGGUCUGUCAGAUAAGAUUGAAAGACCCCAACAUGACAAGUUUGGCGCAACAGCCAAAAACGAUCCGCAAGAAAUUGCGCUGGUCCGUAAGGUCGACUGGCAUAUGAUGCCAAUCCUCGCCUUGAUGUACUUUAUGAGCAGUCUUGAUCGCAACGCCCUUGUCAACGGCAAAAUCAAUACUCUUACUAAGGACCUUCAUCUUCAGGGCUACCAGUAUAACACCUGCAUUGCAAUUACGUUCGUCGGCUUGAUUGUCGGUGUAGUGCCCUCUAAUAUGAUUUUGAGUCGCGUGAGGCCUUCCUGGUGGAUGUCCGGGUGGAUGAUGGCAUGGGCAUUGAUCACCACUCUUAAUUGCAUAGUUAAGGAUUAUCAAGGAUUAAUUGUGUGCCGGUUCCUGCUCGGUAUUGCGGAGGCACCGUUUUAUCCUGGGGCACAAUAUCUGAUCAGCAUGUUUUAUACCAGGAAGGAGAUCGCUACGAGAAUGGCACUGCUCUGGACUGGCAACACAGCUGCUGCUGCUUUCGGCGGCUUGAUCGCAGCAGGCGUUUUCGCCAAUCUCUCCGGGGCACAUGGAAUGGGAGGUUGGAGAUGGCUUUUCCUUAUUCAAGGCAUCCUCACGGUUGUUAUCGCCAUCGCCGCAUUUUUCCUUCUACCAAACUCUCCACUCGAUACUCCCUGGCUCACACCCGAAGAGCGCCGGCUAGCAUAUGACCGCAUUGCACGAGACACGACGGAGAAGCGUAUUAGCACCACGAUCUGGACCGGUCUCCGUGAAGCAGUCACGGACCGCCGGGUCUGGAUCUUUGCCUUCCUACAACAAUUCCACGCCGGCGCUGCGAAUUUCAAAAAUUUCUUACCCACUGCUAUCAAAGGGCUCGGCUUUAGCUCGACCGUAACAUUGGUUCUCGUCUGCCCGCCGUACCUUCUGGCUGUUUUCACCAACCUCACGGCUUCCUGGUCGUCCGGCCGCUUCAACGAACGGACCUGGCACAUCACGAUCCAGAAAUUCAUCUCGAUCAUUGGAUUUGCCAUCGGUGCGGCGACAACCAAUGUCGGUGCACGCUAUUUCGCUUUUAUCUUAUUUGUCGGGUCUACCUAUGGUGUGAACAAUAUCAGCCUUGGGUGGACAGCCGCAGUAAUUGGACAGACGGAUGAGAAGAAAGCCAUUGGACUGGCUCUCGUCAACAGUAUCGGAAAUAUUGCUUUUGUUUAUACACCAUACUUGUGGCCAGAUUCCGACACCCCGCAGUUCGUGGUUGCUAUGUCAUCUAGCUGUGCGUUUUCGGCUGCCGUGAUCGUUUGUGUCUGGAUCAUGAGGUGGGAUCUACAGCGGGAGAAUAGAAGGAUUAAGGCAUCGGAAAUUGAGGCAGUGAACCUCUACGUCUAUUAG